ACAAACAGGCAGCGGCGCACAGUGAAGCACUCUGGUUCAGCGCUUCUCGAGGGGAGGACAUAAAGCCACCUUACAACCCAACAAUACAAACCUUGACCCCCCCCCCCCCUUUUUUUUUUCUCCUCCUUCUUCUUCUUCGCCACGGACUUAAGCUGCACGUCAACUUUUAAAGCAACUUUUCCCUCAACCAAAAACCAGUCGUGGCACAAACUACCGCCCGUCGCAUUCAAGGAUCCGGCUCGGUCCUCCAUGAAAGAGGGAGUGCGGCAGCAAACUUGGGGAAAAGAGAUGUCUGCGACGGUUUUGUCCGCUUUCUACGACAUGGACAUGCUUUACAAGCAGGAUAAAAGCAUGAACAUGAACGCGCUCCACAUCAACAGCAUGCUGGAUAAGAAAGCGGUGGGGGCUCCGCUCACCUCUCCGGGCUCGGGGGCCUUCACGCCGGGAUUUUUCCGCCGAAACUCAACCAGCAACUUGGAGGCGUUAAACAACGGGAACAAAUACUCCGUGAGCUCCUACGGAAGCAUGAAGGAGAACACGCCGAUGAGCACCAGCAGCGCCACGGCCCUCAUGAACAAGGAGAACAAGUUCCGCGACCGCGCGUACAGCGAGAGCGGGGAGCGGGGCGUGCUGCAGCAGAAGCCCGGCUCUCAGAUCAACUCCACCCGCUACAAGACCGAGCUGUGCCGGCCCUUCGAGGAGAACGGCUCCUGCAAGUACGGGGAGAAGUGUCAGUUCGCGCACGGCUACCACGAGCUCAGGAGCUUGUCCCGCCACCCUAAGUACAAGACGGAGCCGUGCCGCACCUUCCACACCAUCGGCUUUUGCCCGUACGGCCCCCGCUGCCACUUUAUCCACAACGCCGACGAGCGCCGGCCCGCUCCGGCCUCCAACGCCAACAUGCAGGAGCCCCGCGGCUACAGGGACGUCCUCCCCCCGCAGCAGCUCGGCUUCACCCAGCGGGACAGACCAAAGCUCCACCACAGCCUCAGCUUCUCCGGCUUCUCCACCCACCACGGCCUCGAGUCUCCCCUGCUCGACAGCCCCACGUCCCGGACCCCCCCUCCGCCCACCACCGCCUCCUCCUGCACCUCCAUCUCCAGCUUCUACGAGGAGGUGCUCUCCCCCAACUCCAUGUCCUGCAUCAACAGUGCCUUCAACUUUCCCGGACAGGAUCUAAAAGCCUUGCUGGCCCCCCUGGCUGUGCACACCCCCAGCUACGCCAACAACCACUCCACCGGAGCCUACUACGGCAACGUGCCGGGCAACGCGUGCCCGCCCUCCCCUCCUUCCUACAACAUGAGCCACCUGCAGGCGCUGCGCCGCCUCAACGACUCUCCGGUGUUCGAGCCUCCUCCCAGCCCACCAGACUCGCUCUCUGACCGGGAGAGCUAUGCGAGCGGGUCCCUCAGCUCUUCCGGGAGCCUCAGCGGCUCCGAGUCCCCGAGUCUGGACGCUGGAAGACGGCUGCCGAUCUUCAGCAGGCUGUCGAUUUCCGAUGACUGAUUGUUCGAGUUUGUUUGGGAUUUUAUGGACCCUUUUUUUUUUUUUCAGCAGCAAUCCACCCUGCCGAAGUGCCUUUGAGCAAGACUAUGGGUCCCUGGCAGCUCCGCGGGUGCUGAGUCUGCUCUGGAGGGGAGAAGCAGGGAUCAAUAAAGUGUCCUUCACCUGGCAUUAAGUUUAGUAUCUCAAAGUAGAGAAAUACUUUGCACACCGUUUCAUCACACAGGUGUGCAGGAACGAGUCCAUCUAGAAUGACAACUCGUCUUAUUUGCAGAAAAGGAAGUCUGAGCUGCAGGAGAACAUUUGUUGGCAACUUUGCUACCACGACUUUGCAGAUAAAUGUUAUUUUGCAUGUUAGACACGGUGCCAGAGUUUGCUUGCAAUAACUUUUUCUUUCUUUCUUUUUGUAUUAUAUUUGUAUUAAACUUUAGAUAGCAAACAGAAGGCAUUCCAUCAGUGCCUUGCCCUUGGGCUUGCGGCAGCCCCCUCCCCCCCCCCCUCCUGGGAUUAGACAUGACUUGACAAGAAAGAGAGACUGUAAGCAGUUUCCAGAUUUCCUCCAUCCUGCCAAGAAAAUGCCUUCUUGAUGACUCAAAGUAACAUUUUUUUCUUUAUCAAACUGUUUUUUUUCUUCUUCUUUUCCUUCUUCCAUUCCAACCUUUUCCUCCUCCAGCGCCACCCAGUGGUGUGUUGGGUUAGUGUAGUGUGGUCAAAGCACUCUUUGAGUUGGGUUUGUUCGGGGAAAUCACUGCUGAUGGUUGAAUAUCUAUUUUUUUAGCUGUUUUUGAGUGAUUGACAUAGCUGUGCAUAAGUGGCUAUGGACUAUUUAACUUAUUUAUUAUCUUGUGAAAACAAAGUAUAGGCUACAUCGGUAAUUUGUGUCCAUACUGUAUUUAUCAAGUAUGAUGAAGCAAUAGAUCUAUAUUCUUUUAUGUUUAAAUUAUGGUCGCCAUUAUUAAUCUGCAUAAAGUGGAGUGUAUGUUCUUUUCACAGUAAUAUAUAUAUUUUGUUUUUUUCUUCUUUUUUUUGUAACUUCACUCGGUUAUUUUUAUUGUAAAUGAGUAAAAAAAAAAAAAUCUUAAUUUAAGAGAACGUAUGUGAUAUUUAUUUCAUUAAUUUUGUUUCCUUGUUUACGUUUAUUAAAAAGAAAAGUUUGCGUGAUUGCUGUUCGCCGUGUCAGUGCUUAGAAGGCGUGUGUUGUUUUUUUUGAGGAUCCCUAUUUAGUUGUUUUUUCUUUUUUUGGUAGAAUGUAAAAAAAAAAAACGAUGUGGUUGUACAGACCGUCCAAACUUCUUUUUUUUAGUUUAGAUCAGACGUCAGUGACAAAGAACCCAAGUCAAUAAAUUAACCAAAAAGUAUUUUUGUUUAUUUUCUUGUCUGUGUUUGCACGAGGUCACACUGUGAUUCCAGCCGCGUGCUAAAGAAUGUAGCAUCCUUGUGCCCCAGUAUUAUUGUGUAGUGCCUAAAUAUGGGGUUCACCAUCUUGACAUGCCUUAAAAUUAACCAAAUAAAGUAUUUUUCCUACAUGGCGUCUUUUCUACACACGUUGAACUGAAUGUAGAGUCGAUCUUUUUUUUUUUUUUUUAAGGUUGUUACCACUCAGACACUCUGACAGAAACAGCCGUAACCUUUCUAAACCCCCAUUCCUCUUCUCUUCAUUGCCUUUGAUUCUGUUUUUUUAUUUUUCGUAUUGAGACGUAGUGUGAGCGUUAGCUGACAGGGAGGUGGACGAACACGUUUGGUUUGUACAUAGUAGGUACAGGGGGAAGCGCACUAUGUACUUUUGACUACUUUAUCAGAAGUAAAGCUUUUUGAAUGUAACAAAAAACGGACAAAAUUGACAACGAGAGUUGUGUUAUCUUUUUUGGGGGAGUCAGUUCACUACAAAUCGAGUGUGUGACUGUUAACUUUGUACUGUACAUUUUUUGUAGUUCUCCCAAUAAAAAACAUUUUGAAAAAAAA